UUGGACUUGGGUGCAGUAAGGAAGUUAUCAAGUGAAACUAUUUUUUCCAGGGGAACUGAGCUAAGCCUCCUGUCAUUGGAGGAGCGGGAAGCAGCUGCUGUUGGGUCUGGCAUAGCAGGUGCAGGAGGCGGCCUGCGCUCCAGCCCCGGGAUUGGCUGCCUGUGAGCUCAGCAACUGGUAGACAGGAUAUAUAUGACCAAAAGCAUCUUCUGAGCCAUUCUGAACGUUGGCAACAACAAUAGCAGCAUCUUCUCCCUUGGAGAGCUGAACCUGACACCUUAUCCCAUACACCCUCCAGCCGACAGGGAGAGGCGCCCAGCUGCUGAGGGUGGUGACAGACGCAGAGCCCCCUGACUCCGUGACCCCGGUCUGCAACAGGAGGGACUUUCGUGGUUCAAGCCCAAUGGAGAAUUCUCAGGAUCUAAGGAAGCCUUUGCCAAAGAGGAGAACCAGGUCUCUGGAGCGGUCGCAGGACCCCAGGAAGGACUCAGAGUCGUGGGACUGCCCGUGUCUUUCUCUGCACAGCACCUACUCCAAGAAGGAGCUUCGCCGGACAUCCAGUGAUGGGGCUGGAUGUUUCCAGAGCCUAGCUCAGCCUGCAGAGGCUCAGGGCACCAUGGCCACUGCCCUCAGUCUGGAGGAGACCAACAAGCCUAUCCGCAGUGAGCAGAGCUCACCACAGGACACCAAGAAGGACAAGGCCCAUAGGCGGGCCCAGCCGGGGCUGCUGAAAGUCCUGUUCAACUUCUUCUUGAGGACAAGCCCUGAGGAGCCCAAAGACAAGGCCAGCAGAAGGCCAAAGAGGAAGGAGAGCCUCUCCCAGCCUGUGGAGUCCCCUGUGGCUCCUGGGCAGCCAGCUGUUAGAAAGAAAUCCCAGGACAAGAAGCCCAGCCGUAAGAAAGCCUCUGGUCACAAGAAACAUGUCACUGAGGAAACCAAGGGGGUUCAAGAUCAGGAAGCUGCCUCACACCCUGAGGAGUCUGACCUGGGCCCAGCUCGCAAGGGUAAGCAUUGGUCGGGGUUGGGGGAGGGAGAUGGAUGGAGGCAGCAGCCUGUUUUCAAAUCAAAACCUUGGUGGGGCCCUGAGUUUUUGGUUAAGCCUAGAGCUGGCUACAGCUUUCGGGUCCUGUGCUGUUUCCUUAUGUUGAUUAACAAGGUCAGACGCAUAUCACUGACACCCCCUUCCUCGCCCCCACAGACACUCAAUUCCAUCUUUAUUCCAGGCAGGGAAAAUCCUGAUCUCCCGGAGUGCUUGUUCACUGAAGGCAGGUGUGCUGGAGUCCAGACUGAUUCUUCCCAAGCUACAGGUCACAAGUGGGAAGCGGAGCGACAGCUCAGCGAGGAUGCUAUCAUCCAAAUGAUCGUAGAACUGAUCAAGAAAAUUGGAGACGAGUGGGAAGAAGAGGUGAGGAGCAAGCCAUCUGUGCAGGUCCCCAGGAGCUCACUGCCUCUCCUCCUCACUCAAACCCCACUUGUCCUUUUAGGUCUGGCUCCAGCCCCCCCACCCUUGAGUCCCCCUCAUCCCUCCCAACUCCAGACCUCAGUCCUCCCUGGGCUCUGGGCUCUGUUGCCUCCCUUCAUCUGGGGCCCCACUGUAGCACUUUGGCUGUUUUUCCUGAGGGAGAUUUCCCUUCUUCUCAGAUCGGGGGCCCUGAUUCAGUUUCUCUCAUCUCCCCCACAGAGACUUCGAACCCAGCAGCUUGAGACGGGUCUUCAAAACCAGGCCCCCGUCUUUAGGAAGAAAUCCCAAGAGAAAAAGUCCAGCUUCAGGAGAGCCUUUAUUCUUAAGAAACAAGGCUCUGAGGAGCCCAAGAGAGUUGGGGCUGCAGAUGUUCCCAGCCUGGAGACCCGGACGCCCAAGAGGCCCAGCUUUCUGCCUCUGUGUGUCGGUGGCCACCGGCCCUCCACCUCCAGCAGCACUGACUUGGAAGAACCUCAAGUCCCAGAUGUUAGGAGCCCUACUGCCUUAAAGAUCACCCCUGGAGCAAGAAGCCGGUGGCCUGAAGAGGAGUUGGAGCCAGACAGGGCCUCCGAAUCCAAAGAAUUCACCCAGAGGAUCUUUGCCCUACUCCAAGACGCUGAGGAGCAGGGGACACAGAAGAGACUUCAAACUCAGCAGCCAGAGGUGGAUGUAGAAAACCCAGCCUCCAUCUUCAGGAAGAAAUCCCAAGAGAAAAAGUCCAGCUUCAGGAGAGCCUUUAUUUAUAAGAAACAAAGCUCCAAGGAGUCCAAAAGAGUGGGGGCUGCAGAUGUUUCCAGCCCUGAGGCCCGGACGCCCAAGAGGCCCAGCUUUCUGCCCCUGUGUGUUGGUGGCCAGCGGCCCUCCGUCCCCGACCUUGACUUGGAGGAUAUUGAGUUCCAGAAGCUGUCACCUGCAGAAAGGGGACCAAUUGGCUCCCCAGAACCAGCCUCCCAGACCAGAAGCCACAAGCCAGAAGGGGAACCUCAGCUGGAAGGAGCUUGUGAAUCUAAAGAGCAGGUCAUCCAGAAGCUGGUGGCUCUUCUUCAAAAAGUGGACAACCAGUUGGGGAAGCAGAUCAGGCGACACCCCAGCUUUGAGACGUUUCUUUACAAGCUCUCCGACUCCUCUGUCACAAAGCUGAUAGCUACCCUGCAGAGCCGGGAAGCCCACCCUCCUGAACCUGACAAAAGCCUUGAUGAGAGACGCUACCAGUUUGCUGCUAGCUUGGCUAACAAAUUUGCUGGCAACAAUAGCCACGUUAUCUGUCUCCUAGGCCACUACAGCUGGCACCUUUACCCCUGGUUUCCAUACGAGGAGGCCCAGCUGGUGAGGAAGGGCGGGAAUGAUGGUGGCAAUGUGGCACAAGAAACAGGAUCAAGUGGGAUCCCCUUCCUGUCCACUCUCCUCCCCUCCCUAUCCAGAACUUUGAAGGUCCUGCUCAAAUGCUACCUCCUCAAUGAGGCCUUCUGAGGCCAUUCCAAACCACAGUGAUCUUUCUUUUCUCAAACCCUCACUGGCCAUACUUCAUAAUCAGCGCUUUCUUUAUUUGGCUCACUCUCUAAUCGUAUGCACAUUUUUAUACUCUUGACAUCAGUAUGGCAUAUCGGACUGGCUACUGGCUUAGCUUGCCCUCUUAUUAUUUCUUGGGUUCUACAGCUUGGCUUCCCAAUUCUAGACUGUCAUAAAAAGUAAAUAACAAGGAAAAGUAAGGCUAUACAUCAAUUGG